UUGACAACUGCACGUGGUUCAAUCUGUCAGGCAAUGUGUCAGAACGCCUGUCCAAUCUUGGCUGGUUGUUUGCCAGUUUUCCUUUAAAAUUUCGCUUAAAUUCACGAAAUGGAUUCAGACGAACACAGUGACAGUGAUGCUGAGUUAAAGGAAAUUCUCGAGGAGGAGAAUAAAAAGGAACAGGAGGCAGAGAGCAGCAAAACUGCAGUUGAAAGAGCGCCAUCCCCAUCUGAUGACGAUCCCAACGACGGCGCCAAGUCAGGCAAAAAAGGAAGAAAACGAGACGCGGCGCAAACUGAAUACGAGAAAUAUCUUGAGAAACUAGUGUUUGGCGAUAAAACCGCUUUACUGGAAAACCUGAAAAAAGCCGCUGGCGAAGAUGAUGAAUCGGUUCCUAAAAAGAAGACGCGGAAACCUGCGUGGCAGGACUCAGACGACGAGGAGUUCCGCGUAGCCGACGUGGUUCGACCGAACAAGUUCAAUGGAUCCCUGAAGCACUUGGACACGGAAAAGAAGUACAGUGAGCUGUUGAAGAGCAGGUUCCAGAGGCUGCAGGCGACUCCAAAGUGGGCGGACUUGGACCGAGAACCUGAGGAAGAUUCCGACGAGGAACUGUUGAAAACCGUCGGGCAUUUGGCGAAUAAGUCGACCGGGGCAUUGCCGGCCAACAACUUGGACUUCAAAAGAUUGAAGGAUCUGAACCGAGCAACAUACGCCGAGGGAAGCAUUACUGCGGUCCAGUUCCACCCAACCUCCACAGUGGCCCUCGUAACGGGCUUCUCCGGGAUUGCUUCGAUUUAUUCCAUCGACGGACAAAAGAAUGAAAAGCUCCACAACGUCCAGUUCCAGAACUUUCCUAUCAAGUGUGCAAAGAUGCUUCCAAAUGGGCUGGAAGUCAUCAUCGGAGGGAGCAGGCAGCAUUUCUUCUCUUACGACCUCAUGUCCGGCGAAGCGAGUCGGGUUCCUCUGCCCAAGAUGAUAACAAAACUGGAUAAAUUCGAGGUUUCGCCGUGCGGGAAGUAUUUAGCUACGUGUGGGCGAUUUGGGGAAGUGUACAUACUCGAUGUUAGCUCCAAGGAGCUGCUUCACACUUUCCAACAAACAAACCCAUGCUCGGCGCUGCAGUUCACCGAAAACUCCUCCAAGCUCAUCGCCCACUCCACGGGAUCGGACGUGACUAUUUUCGAUAUGCGACAGGAGCGAGUUGAACAUGUUUUUACUGACGAAGGUUGCAUAACUGGAAAAGCGUUGUCUCUCAGCCCCAAUGGGCGAUUGUUAGCCACGGGAAGCAACGAAGGAGUCGUCAAUGUCUACAAUUAUUCGGAUGUCGUCAGUUCAAAGACUCCGGAACCUGAAAAGAUCAUCUACAACCUGACAACGAGCGUGAGCUGUGUGAAAUUCAACCACUCCUCGGAAAUACUGGGAAUUUGUUCAGAGAGCGUUGCCGGAGCAAUCAGGGCCUUCCACUUUCCGACGGGAACAGCGUUUGCCAAUUUUCCUGGGUUCCAGGCGGACGUCGGCUCAAUUAGGACGAUGGAUUUUUCGCCAGGAAGCGGGUACUUAGCGUUAGGAAGCACGGGAAAGAAAGUACCGUUGUUUAGGUUAAAGCACUUUAGCAAUUACUGAAAUAUAUAAAAAAAAUAUCGAAA